AUGUCCAGAUCGACCGAUCGAUCUCAUCGCACACCUCACAGGCUUUCUGUGAAGAAGAGAGGUGCCGAGAAACCUGCUAAACAGCCUGCGAAGAAGGGGAAGGCUGCUGCCAAGGAUCCUAACAAGCCUAAGAGGCCUGCCAGUGCCUUCUUCGUUUUCAUGGAGGAGUUCAGGAAGACGUACAAGGAGAAGCAUCCAAACAACAAAUCUGUUGCUGCUGUUGGUAAGGCUGGUGGAGACAAAUGGAAAUCCAUGUCAGAAGCUGAGAAAGCCCCAUUUGUCUCGAGGGCAGAGAAAAGGAAGACUGAAUACAACAAGAACAUCGAGGCUUACAAUAAGAGAAUAGCUGACGGACCAGCUGAGGAUGAGGAGUCUGACAAAUCGAUGUCCGAGGUGCACGACGACGACGAUGAUGAGAGUGGAGAGGAAGAAGAUGACGACGAGUAGGCGAAAUGCAG